UUGGAAAUGAAAAAUAAAAUCUUCCCUCCCCUCUACUUUCAAAGUAAAAUUUGGAUGACAGUGCUGGAAUUACUUUCUAAAUGGACUACAGUUACUGUUUAUUUCAAAGAAAUUAGAAAAUAUUGACUUUCAAAUAAAUAAAACUUGAUAUUUAAUGGUAACUAAUAUCAUCCAAGUUGAAAUAAGGUAAAAUAUGGUUGGACAUACAUAUAAGGUCAUAUACAGUUGAACCCCAGGUGUACCCCCGAGGGCAGUACUUCAGACUGCAUCAUUAUUAUGUAUCUAUCUACAUAGAAAUCAAGAGAUGUUUUACUAAUUGUCACGGUGUAUUGUUACCUACGUCUGACAGGUCCAUUCUGUACCAGUUUGUUCACGGAGUGUUGUAUGAUCCGAAAGUUUGAUUGAUUCGGAGAUUUAUUUUCAUGGUUUAAACAUUUAGUGGAUAUAUAUAUGUGCUUUUAAUAUUCGGAUUAAAUGAAAAAAAAUUCGUAAACUUAUAAUUUAUGACUGUAAAUAUAACUUUUAAGGAAAAUUAGAAAUGGAAAGUGAAAAAUAGAAAAUUGAAAUAGGAAUACAGGGAACAUGAUUUUUACACAUAUUGAAAUAUUUACAAUUUAAAAAAAAACACACCUGCCUUAAGAUUCAACAGUGUGAUGGAUUGGUGAAAAAAGAAAUACGUUUAAAGAAAAUAGAAGUCAGUGAACUAGAUGUAUUUACUGCCGUGAGUGUCUCAUUUAUUAUGCAAAUUAUGUGAAAAGCUUGUCAGAAAUGCAAAAAAAAAAUUGAAAAGGGAUGUAAUAUAAACAUGAGUGAAAACACAAGGAACAGUAAUUACCGCUCACCGCUAACGCGUAAAAUUGGUGUUGGAUUAACAAGGACAAAUUUAAGCCCUAGAUUACAAGAUGCCUCUCAGAAGUCAUUGAGAGAUACGCCACUUCUGACACCAAAUCGGUUGAUAAUAUCUGGGUCAUCUCUUGGGCCCAGUCGGACAAAUAAUGACCAUUAUUCAAGUGGAUAUAGUAGGCUUGGUGGAUAUAAGAAUAUAAGUGCACCAAAUGUUGGCUCAGCCACUAAAGAAAAUUCUGAUGUGUUCACAAAUGUAAAAAACAGUUCAGAUCAUAAUCAAAAUAUUGAACAGCCUCUAAGGAAAAAUUUAUCACCUACAAACACUUCAGAGUUGAUAAAAAAUGAAGAUGUUACAACUGGAGUAAGUGUUCAGAGGAGUCAGUCAGCUAAUAGAGGGCUGUUUUAUCAUGGUAGGUCUUCCCAAACCGACACAGGUGUUGGACUGAUAGAUGGAUACAAGGCAUAUAGACCAGCAGACUAUAUCACUCAAAAGAAUACCGAUUCUAAUCUUGAAAGGUUAAACAGAUCUACAAAAACAGUAAACUAUGACAUUGACCUUGAACAAGAUGAAGAUGAUGCUGUGGUAGAAGUCAAAGACACUGUUGAUGGAACAGAGACAAUUCAUUUAGAAAUGACUGCUCCAAACUCACCAAGCCAAGAUUCUGGUUACCAUUCUCCAAGAAUUGAGACAAAUGUUGACUCUUUUAGUACAUCAGUUCUAGGGUCAAGGUCACCAGUCAAGUCUGAUGCAGUGAAGAGUUAUUCACCUUGCUCGCCUGAUCGGGAUGACUCUGCAUAUGUGCCAACAAGGCCAGUAAGGUCAAAACAUAGUGCUAAGAAACAGAGUAUCAACCAAUCAAAACAGUUGUCUCAGAAUAUUGACCAAUCAAAAGAGUUGUAUACUGCACCUGAACAAGCUCCAUGGCAACAGGAAACAAAAAUUUUAACAUAUGGUACUUCUAUAACUGGAAAAGGUAAUAGAGAUGAAAGAGAUGAUACUGACUUGACCAAAGGAAAACAGGUAGAUAGCUCGUUACCUGAAGAUGGUGAUCUAAGGUCAAGGUCAUAUGAUGAGGCUGAAAGGGUGCCAGUGGCAAAACCAAGGACUCAUAGAAGACUUACUAGGAGAUCUAUAAGCUUCAAACGUUUGGAAGACGAUGAGUACAUUGGUUUUGCAUCACUGCCAGAACAGGUCCACAGGAAGGCGGUCCGCAGAGGGUUCGAGUUCACACUCAUGGUUGUUGGUGAGACAGGUUUGGGAAAGUCAACUCUGAUUAACAGUCUGUUUCUAAUGGACCUGUACAAAGACAGAAAAGUUGGAAACAUUGAAGAGAGGAUACAGAAAACAGUGGAAUUGGAGAAGAAAGAGCUUGAGAUAGAGGAGCGUGGUGUAAAGUUGAAACUGACUAUAGUUGACACACCCGGUUUCAACGAUGCUGUUAAUGCAGAGGAAAGCUGGAAGGCAAUCGUGAGCUAUAUAGACAAGCAGUUUGAUGCCUACUUCACAGCAGAAAGUGGUUUAAACAGGAAAAAUAUCCAAGAUACCAGAGUUCACUGCUGUCUCUAUUUCAUCUCACCUUAUGGUCAUGGGUUGCGGCCUGUAGAUGUUAUGGUAAUGAAGAAGUUACACCACAAAGUCAACAUUAUACCUCUAAUUGCCAAGUCAGAUAUGCUUACAAAGCAGGAAGUGAAGAGAUUAAAAGAACGGGUUCUACUGGAAAUUGAGAAACAUAACAUACAUAUAUACCAGUAUCCUGAUUGUGAUAGUGAUGAGGAUGAGGAGUUUAAACAGCAGGACAAGCAACUCAAGAAAUCCAUUCCAUUUGCAGUAGUGGGCAGUAACACUGUUGUAGAAGCUGGGGGUAAAAAAAUCCGAGGGAGAAUGUAUCCAUGGGGUAUUGUUGAAGUGGAAAAUCCUUUACACUCUGAUUUUAUAAAGUUGAGACAGAUGUUGAUCAGCACACACAUGCAGGAUCUGAAGGAUGUUACUUGUGAUGUUCAUUACGAAAAUUAUCGAGCAGAGCAUAUAUCUGAACAAAUGACGACCACCCAGCGAGAAAGAGGAAAGUUAAAGAGAGAUUCUGCAGCUAAUUUAGAGACUUCUCUGGCGACGGAACAAUUGUUACAGGAGAAAGAAGCAGAGAUCAAAAGAAUGCAAGAAAUGUUGGCGAAAAUGCAAGCACAGUUACAGAGUAACAGUCCUAGACCUAACGGCAGAGUGGGCCAUGUAUAAUCCUAGACCUAACGGCAGAGUGGACCAUGUAUAAUGUUAUUAUUUUGAAUAUUUUGAUUGAGAGAUGUGGGGUAAGGAUGAGGGAAUUUAAAGCCUGCAAAUGAGAAAUUGUAUGAAGCAGUGAGGUGUACAAUGAUCAAUCAGCUUCAUUGGUAAAAAUGGCGGAUAAGUGAUACUGUUGACUGACUUGAUUUGGUAUGAGAGCUGUAAGCCAUGCGUUACAGCAACAUUUUUACAUCUGUGAAAGAAUUACUACAAAUUUGAGGAUGACACCUUACAGAAUUCUUGCCGUUUGAUUGUUCUCUUGUUUUUGAGUUCAUGUAUUAAUGUUUGAUUUUUUUCUCUUUUUUGUGACUAGCAGUUGACACAUAGAAGAAGUGUAUUUAAUUAAGUUGAACGCAACAAAAAAGAGUAUUAAAAUUUUGUCUUGUGGGAUAAGCAGUAUAUUAGUGACUUAUUCAGUGUGACAUAUAACUGAACAUUUUGUUAAAGUGCAAUAUGCCUUUCUCAUGAUGAGAUUUUAGCUGGCACCUGGAGAUUUUAGUUAGCACAUAGUACCUCGGUAAUUUUAGUUGGCACCUAGACAUUGUAACUUGCACCUAGAAAUUUUAGUUAGCACAUAGACAUUUAAGCUUGCACAGUGUCAAAUUUUGUUGUACCUAGAGAUUUGACUGGUACCUAGAGAUUUGACUGACUCCCUAGAGAUUUGACUGGUACCUAGAGAUUUGACUGACUCCCUAGAGAUUUGACUGGUACCUAGAGAUUUGACUGACCUCUAGAGAUUUGACCUGUACUUACAGAUUUAAGCUUGCACUGAGAUUAGCAGGCACCUAGAGAUUUGACUGGUACCAAGAGAUUUGACUGACUCCCUAGAGAUUUGACUGGUACAUAGAGAUUUGACUGACUCCCUAGAGAUUUGACUGGUACCUAGAGAUUUGACUGACUUCUAGAGAUUUAACCUGUACUUACAGAUUUAAGCUUGCACUGAGAUUAGCAGGCACCUAGAGAUUUGACUGGUACAUAGAGAUUUGACUGGUACAUAGAGAUUGACUGGCACUUUUAUAAUUUGAGCUUGCACCUAGACACCAAAAUAAUUAGCUUUUACCUAAAGAUUUAAGGUAACAGUUAUAAGACAGGAGAACUUUUUCAUAACAAUGUAAUUGAUGUGUUAUUUAAUAGAUACAUUUAGUAGAUUAAGCUGGAUAAAGUGCAGCAGCGAAGCAUUGGGUAUGUGUAGGUAUAAUAGUCUACAAGUGUAUGCAUUGAUAUGGUUGCUGAGUAGAGGGGCUUUGCCACAUUCUUCACUUAUGGAUAAGGAAAUCCCAGCCAAGAUUGAGAUUUGUCUAAAAAAAUGUUUUACAAUGUUUACGGACGUAUCUCAAACUAACGGAGGGAUUGCCUUUCCACUACUUAAUAGGUGAGGUAGAUUUAUUUUGUGUCAUAAUAAAAUAGUCUGUAACUGGUGCAACAAACAUUAUAAGAUUAUCUGACACUGGUGUUGUAUUCAGAUUACUUUGUCUUGUAGGUGUAUAGACAAUAUUCUGUAAGUGAGCUAUGUAGAUGGCUGUCUUGUCUUAGAAAUGUUCCAGCUUCCAUACAGGCUAUAUCAGUUGUCAUGCAUGAUAUCAUAUCAAGGUUUAUGUAUACCCACUUACUAAACUUUUGAUGGCAUUCUUCACGAGUCGUGGUACAUUUUACAUAAAUGAGUACUUUCAUUGCUUAAUGCCUGCAAUAAUUAUUGUCUAAAACUUACUGAACAAUUUUAUUGUAUGCAUUUCAGCAGCACCUGUUGAUACGGACUUGCGUUUAGAUGCUGCUAGGUGUUGGUGUGGAUUUUAUAAUAUUGAACAUAAUUAGGAUUUUUCUUGUGAGCUGUAUGUUGUUAGUUUUGUUGUUGUUGUAGCUUUUUACAGAUAUUUACUUUUUACAUAAAUUAUGUAUAAUAAGUAGUUUUUAUAGAAAAUAUGUUUUUAAGUACUGUGAAGGGUUCCUUGUAUUUUUUGAAGAAAAAAAAUUUAAUUUACCUCACUUAUAUAAUGAAACUGGAAACUGGGAUUUGGUAAACAUUCCAUAAAAUUGUGUCACUGGCCUCAUAUUGAAUUACAGUUUUACUCUACGGUUUUAAAAAGUUUAUGAAUUUUAGGUAAGGUCAUAAAGUGUAUAAUUUAUUAUGCCACAGCCUGUUAAGGAAAUAUGAGUUAAAAAGAACUUUUUACUUUCAGUUGAUAAUAAAAAAAUGGAGAAAAUAUGUAACUUGUAUGGGAUUUGGAAAAAGCUUGACAGUGAUAUAAGAGUAUAUAAGGUUGUUUCAGUGUAGGACUGAAAUAUCUUUCAGUGAGCAAACAUCAGAUGCAAACUUGUUUGAGCAGCAGUGUAGAGACCAAAGAUGUUUCAUUCUUACAUGUAAAACAAACAAAUUUUCUAUUCAUUUCAUAUCUUUUGAAGAGUUUAAACCAAACUUGACUGACUUUACCUUCAGAAUGUCAGGAAGUUGGGCAAAGUCACUCUCAGUCAUGAUAAUGCAAUGUUCAUUAUAGUUUUAAAUAAUGUUAUGACAUGUUCAGAUUUUUUUUACGUAACUUUGGAUUAUUAUGCCCCCCUUCGAGGUGUAUAUUGUUUUGCAGAUGUCAGUUGGUCAGUCAGUUGGCCUGUAUGACGGUAGGUAUGUAUAUCAAUUGGAUGAUAACUCAAGAACACUUGGGCCUAGGAUCAUGAAAGUUGAUAGGGAGGUUGGUCAUAACCAGCAGAUGACCCUUACUGAUUUUGAGAUCAGUAGGUCAAAGGUCAAGGUCAUAUUGACCCGGAACAGUUAAACGGUUUCCAUGAUGAUAACUCAAGAUAGCUUGGGCCUAAGAUCAUAAUUAUUGAUAAGGAGGUUCGUCAUGAGCAGCAGACGACUCCUAUUUAUUUUGAGAUCAGUAGGUCAAGGUCAUCAUUGACCCUGAACAGGUCUAAGGUUUCCGAUGAUAACUCAAGAAUGCUUGGGCCUAGGAUCAUGAAAAUGAUAGGGAGUUGGUCAUGACCAGCAGAUGACUUCUAUUGAUUUUCAGAUCAAUACGUCCAAGUUCAAGGUCACAGUGACCCGUAACAGUUUAACGGUUUCCAGACGAUAACUCGAGAACACUUGGGCCUAGGAUCACAAAACUUAAUAGGGAGGUUGAUCAUGACCAGCAGAUGGCCCUUAUUGAUUUUGAGAUCAGUAGGCCAAAGGUCAAGGUCACAGUGACCCGGAACAGUUAAAACCAUUUCCGGAUAACUUGAGAAUGCUUUGGCUUAGGAUCAUCAAACAAUGGGGAGAUUGAUCAUGACCAUCACCCCUUCUGAUUUUGAGGUCAGUAGGUCAAAGGUGAAGGCUACGUUGACCCAGAACAGUAGAACUUUUUUUGCCAAAUAACAAGAGAAUGCUUUGAUCAAAGAUCACAUUUGAUAUGGAGGUCACUUAUGACUGGUAAAUGACCUAUAAUUAUUGCUUUGAGGUCAUUAGGUCAAACGUCCAGUGCACAGUGACCAAAUAAUUUGUUCCUUGUGCAGUUACUGAAUGCAUCAAGUGGGGCAUUUCGUGUUCAACCAGCUCUUGUGUAUCUUUGUUUUUGCAGGUAUUUAUAUAUAAAUCUUUACCAAUGUAUGUUGGAAAGAACUUAUUUAUACUUUACUUUAUUCUAUGUUUUAAAUGCCUAGGAUCAUAAUUAUUGAUAAGGAGGUUCGUCAUGACCAGCGACAAGUCAUACUUGUAGACAUUUCAAAAUGAAAAUUCCAGUUUGAAACAGUGAAACUGCAGAGAAACACGAGAUAAAUUGUCUUAAAUUAUAGAAGAAAAACACAUUAUGCUUAAGGUUCUAUUUUUCAUUAUUUUUAUGGUCUAAAAUAUUCUUACUAUAAAGUGAUGUGUUCCUAGUGAAGGUAGUGAACACUAUAUAUAUACCUUUGAUUUAAUAAAGUGUAUGAUAUAUUAUAA